UUCCAAGAUCGGGGUGUGUCUCGGAAUCACUUAAUCGAAUUCGCGUACCAUGAUCAUCCGCUUACGAUCGGACUAUUUUUGCUGCUUUUUCAGCCACAAUUAUGUUUUGCCAAGAUAUCCUGGGGUCGAUAUGGGGCCAGUAGCUCUAGUUAGGACAUUCGUGAAACCAUCGCAAGCCAUGUGUCAGGGCUCCCUUCUCGAAAGGGGAAUAGUAAAUGAUAUGCCUAAUAGAAAAACAAAAUCUUGAACUAACCGGGUCUAGUAUGGGGUUGAUGAAAAACAACGAGGAAAAGGUAUUUAUUCGUCCUACUUCCCUAUGUAAGAGAAGUUGCUUCUACUCGAGAACCACAGUCGUUGCUAUUCUACAAGUCUCUCAUUUACAAACAUUCACAAUGCAGUUCACUCUCUUGCUCCCACUUCUUGCCACUGCGGCUUACAGUGCCCCCGUGGAAAAUCUGCAGGAGCGUGCCGCAUGCUCGUCCUACACCAUCAUCAACACACGCGGCACCGGUGAGAUCCAAGGAGAGUCAUCCGGAUUCAGGACCAUCAACGCGAACGUCCAGAAGCAGGUUUCAGGCGGGAAAAUUGUCAACACCGUCUACCUCGCAGGUGCCGACCAAAACUCUGCCGCAGCGACCAGCUUCAUCAUCAACCAAGUUUCCAGCACCCUCCAAACCAACCCUUCCGAAUGCUUCAUCCUUGAGGGCUACAGUCAGGGUGCCGCAGGAACCGUCAACGCGCUGCCAAAAUUGACAGGCGCAAGCUUUGAUGCUGUCAAGGGUGUUUUCUUAAUCGGCGACCCGAUGCACAAACGUGGGUUGGCUUGCAAUGUGGACAACAAUGGCGGCUCUACGACGAAGAAUGUUCAGGGCUUGAGUGCUUUGCUCGGCUCUGGUAUCCCUGACAACUGGGUCAGCAAGACCUUGGAUGUGUGCAUCUUCGGUGAUGGAGUUUGCGAUACUACGCACGGAUUCGGCAUCAAUGCUGCCCAUCUACGCUAUCCCAUGGACACAGCUACGCAGAGAUUGGGUACGGAUUUCAUCACGAAGCAAUUGGCCGCUUAGAGGUUUCUAUCGCAUAUGUUCUUCAAAGGAUAGGAUAGUACUCGAUAUAUGUCGAUUAGGAUCGACUUUUAGAUCCGAUACACCCAUGUUUUUCUGCAAGUCACAUAACUAUUGUCUCAACU